AGCCCUGAAUGAUGAAUUCAACAGUGGGCCAACAACUCCUCGUGCGAGACACGUUCACUGCGGCCUUCAUGAAGAACUUCAUCGUGGUCCUGGUGUGGUUCCUCCUCAGCUACAUCAACGGCAGCGUAGUGGCCACGUUCUUCAGACACCAAGUCUUUUACGAGGACCCUCGCUAUAUUCUCUUCAUACAUAUGGUCAUUAAUGACGCAGUGCAGCUCACUGUAACCAUUGCUCUGUUUGUGGUCAGUUACGCCUUGUACACUAUCACUGUAGGAGUGUGUUGUUUCUUUAUCCUGGUGGCAGUGUUCACCACCCGCAGCACACCUGUGAACCUGGCCGGCAUGGCCCUCGAGCGCUACAUCGCCAUCUGCCAUCCUCUACGCCAUGCCCAGAUCUGCACCGUGCGCCGUGCCUACAUGCUCAUAGGGGCCAUUUGGUUCGUAUCUGUGGUUCCUGACAUCACUGACCUAUUCGUGACCUUAGCCACAGAACCUCUGAGUUUCUUCCAAACCGCUGUUUUUUGUCUCAGGCCGAAUGUGUUCAAAGACCCGGUGCUGCUGUAUAAGCGGCAGGCGUUCGAUGGGAUUUAUUUCUCUCUGGUGUUCCUCACGCUGCUGUGCACGUAUCUGCGGGUCGUGUUCGCGGCUCGUGCGCUCUCCACCGAGAGAACGUCCGCCAAGCGGGCCACCAACACCAUCUUGCUCCACGGGGUGCAGUUGCUCAUGUGCCUGCUCUCUUACGUGUCUCCCAGUGUGGAGGGCGUUUUACACAUCAUCUUCCCGGGACGCAUCCUAGAAAUCCGCUUUGCCAACUAUCUAAUUGUCUAUAUUUUGCCACGCUUUUUGAGUCCAAUCAUAUAUGGAGUACGGGAUAAAAAGUUCCGCAAGUAUCUAAAGAGGUAUUUUGUGUGUGGUCGCCCUGUAGACACAAGAGUAGAAUGCAAAGGUGAAGAAGAUUAAAUGGAUGGUUAGUUUUCUAAUAUUACAAUGUGCCAAGGGUUUGGAAUCUGAUAUGUGACACAUUGUGUUUCUGUCUUGGCAAAUGUUUAGUUUUAAAUGAUUCCCCAUGUAUUGUUUAGCAAUUCCCAGAUAUUCAGAAAA